AUGAGCGGUGACAACCACACACUGCCUGUGAGGCAAGGUACCGGCGCAAGUGAAGAAGCCGUGCCAGACAUCGACCCAACUACAACAGCCGGUUUACUCGCCGAAAGACUUCAAGCUUGGAAGCAUGCCGUAGGAUACCUAGAAGAGUACGUUGGUGCGGUAGAGAAGGUACACAGAGCGCACUCCAAAGAGUAUGAGAGGGUUCUUAAGACGAUCUCCCAUCCAUUAAAGGAGGGAGCGCACUUUGACCAAGGCCUCGGAGGUGUUGCUGGAUUCUUCGAAAACAUGAGAGUGAACACCCAAGCCAUGAUCAACUCGAACGCCGAAACGGAAAAGACUCUCAAGGGGUCUGUCUUGCCCAUCCUCGAGCGAUUACAUAAGGAGAUUAAGGCGAAACAUAAGGAGGUUACUCACGGGGUUGAGAAGGGUGCAAAAGAGAUUGAUAAGGCCAGAAACACCACUCAGAAGCACAUCGAGCUUCUAGGCCAACAUACGGCGGCUUUUGAAUCGACAGGUGGCAAGAUGACGCCUAGCGACGACCCUUAUGUUAUCCAGCGUGGUGUCAUGCACCGGCUGAACAAACAGAUCAUCGAAGAGAAUAACCAUAGAAACGACCUUAUUAAUAUCCAGGACGGUUUCAAGGCAUUCGAGGCGCAUGUGAUUCAAGUCGUCCAGCAGGCAAUGGAUGCGCUCAACCAAGUAGCUGGUGGUCAAGCCGAGAAGACCAGAGCGCUAUACACGGAUAUGCUUGGUGCGGCUCAGCGCAUCCCUGGCGACUUCGAAUGGAAGGGCUUCGUUACUCGCGAAGGUCAUCGCCUAGUCGAUCCGAACGACCCACCGCGAAGCGUAGAUGCAAUUGUUUUCCCGAACCAGCACCACAACUCGACCAAACCACUCAUUGAAGGUAGCCUCGAGCGCAAGUCGCGCAACAAGCUAUCUUGGGGUACGCAAUCGGCAUACUACGUUGUAACCCCCUCCAAGUACCUUCACGAGUUCAAGGACGAUGACAACUUGCGCCAUGACCCGAAGCCCGAGCUCUCAAUCUAUCUCCCGGAUGCCGUGAUCGGAGCCCCCAGUGGUGAAAAGUUCCACCUAAAAGGAAAGGAUAAGAGUAAGAGCUUUAGCAGCAAGAUCGCAGGCACAUCCGAGCUCCACUUCAAGGCGCACUCCGCGUCUGAGGCGCAGAAAUGGUUUGAUGCGAUCCGCACUGCGGCGGGUGCGACCGGCCCGGCCUAUGAGAGCCAGCCAUCUUCGCCGAUAACAAGUGCACCCGGAUCCGUAGAUGAUAAGAAGCCGAAGAUCGAUACGGCCGGUGCGGCGGACCACAAGGAACAGGAUACAGGAAUUACGGGAGGAGAGACAGUGAGCAGUCCGACAGCGAUAUCCCCAACGGUUACUCGGCAAGAUACGAUUAAGAAUGGUGCACCUGCCGAUGAGAAGAAGGCUACUGUGGCUUAG